AUGAGAGUCGAUGAGGACUCGGAGCAAGUGUUUUCUAACGGUCAUACUGCAAGUUCAAACGGCUCCACCCCCCGGAAGCCUUUACAUACGGCCCUCAACGGCCACAUCAACGGAUCCAGCCCCUCAUACGCCAAUGGCACAUCCAAGAAACAUACACCUGUCCGGUCAGCCACUUACCGGGGUCACAACAGAGAGGAGGUGGUCCGAAUACUCAUCCAGGGUCUGACUGACAUGGGGUAUCCAGAUGCCGCCAGCGUCCUGUCAAGUGAAAGUGGUUACGAACUCGAGAGCCCCUCGGUGGCUGCCUUCCGAAGUGCGAUCCUGGAGGGCCUAUGGUCAGAGGCUGAAGCUAUCCUGCAAGGCUCACUUCAUGGUGAACAUGGUCGACCACAUUACGACGAUGAUCAAUAUGGAGAUGGACUUGUACUUGCUGAGGGUGCUGAUAGAGGCCAGAUGCUCUUCUGGAUACGGCAACAGAAAUUCCUUGAGCUUCUUGACCGACGAGACCUCGGCAUGGCCCUGAUGGUACUAAGACAAGAGCUGACUCCGCUGGGUCACGACAUUCAUCAACUACACGCCCUAUCUACGCUGCUCAUGUGCCCUCCGGAGGAUCUAAGGACCAAGGCUCGGUGGUCAGGCACGGUGGAGGAGUCAAGGAAACUGCUGCUGCAGGACCUCUCUCGGUCAAUCGCGCCUUCGGUUAUGAUCCGGGAUCACAGAUUAGCCGAGCUGUUCGAUCACAUAAAGCAAAGCCAGAUCAACCAGUGUCUGUACCAUAACACGGCAGAGCCUCCCUCCUUAUACUCGGAUCACAUAUGUGACCGGGAUGAUUUCCCGUCACGGACGGCGAUAAUCUUGGAGGAUCACACGGGCGAAGUCUGGCACAUCCAGUUCUCCCAUGAUGGUACGAAGCUGGCUACGGCUAGUCAGGAUCGAAGCGUCAAUAUCUACGAAACGGUGACCUUUAAACGUCUUCACAGCCUCACCCAUCACUCGGCCGAGGUAACCUAUGUUUCUUGGAGUCCAGAUGACACAAAAAUCAUUACGUGCUCGCAGGACUGCAAAGCACGAGUGUAUGAUGUUGAGUCCGGGAGGUUAGAGGUGACUCUGGAGCACCAGACGGUGGACCAGAACUACGGCAUUACUGCUGCUGCAUGGACGCCGGAUUCACAAGGCUUUGUUACCGCAAGCCACGACCGAAACUCACAGCUGUGUCACUGGAAUCUCCGGGCGGCGAAGCGUGAACAGCCUGUACACGUGUGGCCACGGGGUUUUAGGGUACAAGACGUGGCAAUCACGGUCGACGGCCACUGGCUGGUGGCACUUGACCCUCAGAACAUCAUCCGGAUAUUUGACAUGCAUACCUACCGAGAGGAACCGCCUAUCAAAGUGCUUGGCAAGAUGACUAGUAUUUCUCUCAGUCAAGACGGCAACACGGUGCUGGUAAACCUCGCAGCUGGGGAAGUACAUAUGAUCGAUCUGAUUACGCGAGACACUGUUCGAAAGUUUCGAGGACAGAAACAGGGCGAGUUUGUCAUUCGAAGUUGCUUUGGUGGAGCAGCAGAGAACUUCGUCGUCAGUGGCUCUGAAGACUCAGAUGGACUGAUCUACGUCUGGCACAAGGAGAACGAGUCACUGAUCGAAAAGCUGGCAGGACAUGGCCGAGGUCAGAGCGGCAAGGAAUGUGUUACGACGGUCGACUGGAACCCAAGGGAUGCUGGCAUGUUCGCAUCUGGCGGCGACGACCGCAAAGUACGAAUGUGA